UUAUUGUAUUAAUUUAACAAUAAUUUUUAUCGACAUUCUGAAAACUAUUUAAAAAUAAAAAAUAACAUUCAAAUAUUGAAGCAUAUCAACAGGCUUACCGCGUUGACGUAUCGACUAAUCAGAACGAGUCUUGAAAUUUCAUAACCAAAAUGGCGGCAUGGAAUAAGCUAUUCAAUGGCUGACGCGUUCUCUCUUUUCUACGAAUGAUUACAAGCAAGUGAGUCACCUCUCUACGAAAUUCUUGAUAAAAGCUUUAUAUUUUUUUUGUCGGACGUCUACCUUUCGUCAUCAAUUUGAUAUAUGGCGAAAACAAGAUGGCACUGCGUUACUUUGUUCCAUAUUUGCUCAAGUUCAUAGUCAUUUAUGAUAGUAAGACAUGUGAGAAAUCGAAUAAUAAAUAAAUAACGCACACAUAUUCCUUUCUCUAAUUACACGACAUUUAAUUAUGAAGAUUGAAUGUCAUGCAAUAAUGACAACUCAUUUUAUUGCAUUUAAGUAUUUGCCAGUAUUAUAGCCUACUUUAUACAAACUGGUAUAUUUCCAAAAGUUGGAAAACUUUUGAUAAUAAUAUCUGUGAAGUAUUUUUAACAAGUUAAAAUGUCGGGUGGAGAAAGAAAGAAACGUGGCUGUGAUAGGGCACAAGGAUGGGAAGAAGCUGGUGCUGAGUUUUAUCAAGAAAGUUAUCCUGCUGCUAUAGAAGCAGAUUUACAACAAGCAUUGCAAAGAGAUCCUUCUCAUAUCGCAACUUUACUUCCCAGCAAAAAAUCUCGUGUUGCCACAGCUAAACGCAUAUGCAAUGAUACAAAAACAACCUUGAGAAGACGUACUAGUACUAGAUCUCGUGGUACGAGUACUGCAAGACGCAUGUCUACAAAUAUUCAUGAUGCAGCAGUUUCUAUGCUACCGGAUUUAUCUGAGAAUUUAUCCAAUGAAGAACGCACAUGGGAAGAAAUAAUGCAGAUCAAAUCUAUGCCCGUAUCUAUGACACAGAAAAUACAAUUGAAGAAUCAAUUACAGAGCGCAACAAAGUUGAGAUUACAGGGAUUCGAUCAAUUAAAGUGGCAGCAUAGGAAAGUUUGGCAACAAUUCCGUUCGAGAAUGAAAGAAGCUUAUUCCAAGAUGGAACUUUGGAACGACAGUAUGAAAAAGAUUGGUGAUACCAAAACCACAGUUUAUAAGAUGAGCACGCCGGUGAAGAAGGUGCCUAUCCACCUGCAGAGCGCGCAGAAUCGGUUAUUGAUCAAGAAUGGUAAAGUUGUCAACGAGGAUGGCAUCAUUGAUAGCGACGUUUACAUCGAGGAUGGCAUUAUUAGACAAAUGGGUCGCAAUCUUAUUAUACCGGGUGGUACAAGAACUAUCGAUGCUCGGGGAAAAUACGUGAUGCCAGGUGGCAUAGAUCCCCAUACACAUUUUGAAUUGGAAUUAAUGGGUGCCAAAACGGUAGAUGAUUUUUAUCAAGGCACCAAAGCGGCUGUCGCCGGUGGUACGACGAUGAUUAUCGAUUUUGCCUUUCCUCAAAAGGACGAAACUAUUCUUGAAGCUUACGCAAGAUACAGACGGACUGCGGAUGAGAAGGUUUGCUGUGAUUAUGCUCUUCACGUUGCUGUUACAUCCUGGAGUCCAAAAGUCAAAGAAGAAAUGGUUAUGCUGGCAAGAGACCACAAUGUUAAUAGUUUUAAAAUGUUCAUGACUUAUUCUUUCAUGUUGAGAGAUGUUGAUUUAAUUGAAACGUUCAAAGCUUGUAAAGAAUUAGGAGCAUUGGCUAUGGUUCAUGCUGAAAAUGGUGACAUUAUUGCCGAGAACACUAAGAAAUUAUUAGCUGCUGGAGUAACUGGACCAGAAGGUCACGAAAUGUCACGACCUGAAGAAGUAGAAGCGGAAGCGGUGACCAGAGCUUGUACGAUAGCAAGCCAGGUAAAUUGUCCGCUGUAUGUAGUGCAUGUGAUGAGUCGUAGCGGCGCAGAAGCCGUGGAAGCUGCACGCAAACGCGGUGUUUGCGUCUUUGGUGAGACCUUGGCAGCUGCUGUCGGUACCGAUGGUACCAACUACACGCAUAAAUGUUGGAGGCAUGCAGCUGGACACGUCUUAAGUCCACCACUUAGGCCAGAUCCAAAUACACCUCUUGUACUUUUAAAUUAUUUGGCAAGGGACGGUCUUCAAUUGACUGGCAGCGAUAAUUGUACCUUCAAUGCCGAACAAAAAGCAUUGGGUAAAGAUGAUUUCUCAAAAAUACCUAAUGGAGUUAAUGGCGUCGAAGAUAGAAUGUCUAUACUAUGGGAAAAAGGAGUACAUGCAGGGAUUAUGGAUCCAAUGAGAUUCGUUGCAGUUACCAGUACAAACGCAGCUAAAAUAUUUAAUAUUUAUCCUAGAAAAGGAGUAAUUGCUGUAGGUUCCGACGCUGAUAUUGUUGUUUGGGAUCCUAACAGGAAACGUACGAUUUCUGCCGAGACUCAUGUCCAAGCCGUUGAUUUUAAUAUUUUUGAGGGUAUGGAAGUUCAUGGUGUACCUGAAUAUGUUAUCGUAAACGGCCGUGUAUGUGUAGACGAAUGCGAAUUAAAGGCUGUUCAUGGUUUUGGAAGAUAUGUAGAAACGCCGACGUUCUGUAAUUAUGUAUAUGACAUGAUAGAAGAACGUGAGAAGAGACCUAGAGGCGUACCACGGACGGAAGCGGAAGCUAAGAAGUAUGCUGAAGAGGAUGCCGCUAUAGCUAAGGCUAGGGAAGCAGCAAAAGCAGCUGCUGCUGCAGCCGCCUUGCAUAAUAAUCAAACGAACGGUACUCAUGAAAGUCCGAAACCGAAAUUAUCGUCGAUUGAUUGCAUACCCACUUUACCUGAUUCUGCAAUCAUGACACCAUCGUCGAAAGGUCCCCGAUUGGAAGGACAAAGAAAUUUACAAGAUUCUACAUUCUCUAUCAGCGAGGACGUGGAAGAGGCACGAAGAGCUUGCAUUCGUGUUAACAAUCCACCCGGUGGGCGUAGUGCGGGAGGUUUUUGGUAAUUUUGUAAAAGAAAGUUAAGCACACAGAAUUGCUUUUGGCGGAUAGAAAUGAUCAAAGAGACAGUCAAAAUGUCCCUUUUUCCUUCUCCUAUCACAUAUUAUUUCUUUUUUCAUAUACAUACUACAUUAAUUAUCAAGCCUGCUUUUAUAGGUUUUGCUAAUCACCAAAUAUUAAGCUAAGUUUAGUUUAUUUCAUUGGUGUUCUCAUCGAUUAAGGUCUGUUCCAUCUAAGGAGGAUUCGGAGGCCCCUAUCCAGUAGGUUGUAUACUACUUGUAUUCAUUCAUUCGCACACUUAUAUAUACAUAUAUAUAUCUACCUAUCUAUCUAUCUAUCUCUAUCUCUAUCUCUAUCUAUCUAUCUACCUUUCCAUUUCUCGCUUCAUUAUCUCGCUUUUCUAAUUCGCUUCAUUGUCAAGCUCCAUUGUCAUUCCAUUAUCGCUCCGUCGUCUUUUCAUCGUCGCUUCUCACAUUUUGGCCUUGGAUUUUCUUUCUAUUAUUUUCUUAUCAUUUCUUUUCUUUUCCCUCUAUGUUUCAAAUAUUAGUAUAUGAUCAAUAAUCCAUGCGAGCAGAAUGACAACCUAUACUUUAAAUCAUUCUAAUAGAUAGAUAUACAUUGAUACAAUUGACG